AUGUCCGAGCCCUAUCGGAGCCACUCGGGCGCCAGUGGUGGAAGUGGAGGUGGGCGGGGAUAUGCCAGCAACAACCCCAGGGGAGCAUCUCAACAUAGCUAUCUGCGUUCACGGACGCCGAGCUUCGAUGACGGAGAUGAUGUGCAAUUCUUUGAUGGGGGAGCUGGUGUCGACACCCGUCAACCCAGGAGCCGUGAGGAGUUGUUCUACGAUCGUGCUUAUCCAGCCCCUCACGAUCCGAAUAGGCGGGGAUCUGUGGGCCCGAUUUCCACUUCUGCCGUGAGUCGCACCCAGAGUCAGGCCAGUGCUAGUGGAUAUUUCGCUGUUACCCCUGGUGGAAACGGUUAUCAGCCUGGUGGCCAAUAUUCCCCUGCCUUUUCAAACACUUCUUAUGAUACUGCUCCGUCGUCCGCUCCGUAUCCUACUACUCCUGGAUCUGGGUACAAUGGGUCUCAGCACCAACCAUACAAUCCAGCUGCUUACCAAGCCCAACCCCAACGUCAUGCCACAAACGCAGGUUUUGGCGUAUCUACCGAAUAUCAGCCACAAAGACAUGCGACUACCGCUGGUGUUAGUAACUACAAUUCCGGGCAGUUUUCGCCUACUACGGCUACUUAUAAUCCAGGCACUUUUAAUACUGCCUCUUAUCCCACUGGCACGUAUCGGACUGGGGCGGUUCCCCAGACCGCCCCAUUGCCACCUCAUGCUUCGCAACCAUUUGGCGGCGGACCUGGUUAUUCUCAGUAUGCUACUAGGCCGCAAUACGCUACUACGUCAAGCCUUUAUGGGUCGGGUCAACCAUACUCUCCGGGUCUCCCACCGCCCCCUCCGACGCAGUCUGCUCCUCCCCAAAACACGUACCAGCCUCCACCCCCACCGCCCCCUCCACACCCGCCUGGAUCGCCGGGGGUUGCGCCCGGAUCUUAUGGACAGUCACCAUUUGGUUCUACUGCCUACCAGCCCAGUUCUUUGGGUCACCAGGCUUCCGUUUCUCAGGGGAACAAGCCUUCCCUGACUAGGCCUGAAACACACUACAACUCAGGUUCAGAUAGCGAUGUUUCCGGUCCGGAUCAGGUGGGGCAUCCCCUCCCAAACCCUCCCAAGGAUCGACCGGAGCCCCUACAAAACGUGAGAUACGGCUUUGUCGGUGCGAACCCUUUACCCUCACCACCUCCCCCGACACCGCCCUCGCAUACCGCUUUUCGCCAGGGGCGUGGUGUCGAGGAUUCACGACACCCGCAAGUAAGACCGUUACCACAUGCGCCUCAUGGAUCACACGACAAAGGGCGGCAGCGGGAAGAGCAAGAAGCAGCGGAAGAAUUGUACGCAGACGUCGAGGCAUCAUUGGCAGAGAUGGAGAACAAACCGCAGCAGACACCACGGCAAUCGUCCCAUGUUCCCAUGAAUGACCCACAUGAGGAUGGUCCAGCCCCUUUAUUCGGUGGUGUUGGCCGAGUACCUUACUCGCAAAACGGUUCGGGCCCUACUAACGGCCAUCUUGCAGCUGCCCAGACACGGUAUGGGUAUUAUUCGGGUGAGAGCGACGCAGAGGCCGCAGAGGGCUUAGCGAUGAUGAGACUCGCUGAAGCACAAGAGGAGAGGGAGCGCGGGGCGAUGGAGCGUCCCUCGACACAAACACCUCCAGUGAAGACAACCGAAGAGGUAGAGAGUGAUGGUGACUUUGCACUAGAGAUGGAUGUCAGCAUGUACGGUGGGUUUCCUGGAAUGUCGGGCUUUUACGGUGCCGAUUCGUAUGGUGGAAAUAAUGAUAUUCCGGUUCUACCUGGCUACAAGUCGAUUCCGCCUCCACCACCUGCGAGGGGUAAUGAUAUGGGGCGUACGGCUAGUGCUGCUGGUCCGUCUUCUGCCGCUCUGCGGCCUCCAGAGUAUUCUCAGUUCGCGAUCCCGGACGAUAUGGAUGUUCACCCGUUUCCACAGUUUCAGAAUGCUCGGGUGGAUACCUGGGGAACUGGGGGACUUGCGGAGCCAUCUUCUCAAAGAAGACCUAUGUCUUUUGACGAAGGCGAUGAAGAUGUUGAUAGAUCGGGGUCGCAAAGCCCUUCAAAGCUGCAAAACGACUCGGAUGACGAUCUCCCAGAGCUAUUCUACCAUCCUCCUGCGGGCGGUACUUAUGGUAGCCCAACUAAUACAAGGCCUCUGCCGAGUCCUCCCUACAAUGACUUCAGAGUGGCUGGUGGCUUGCCGUAUCCAGACGAUGUACCACCCCACCAGCAUCAGUUUUCAGUUGCCGGUAGGGCGCAAACAAUGCGGCCAUAUCCUCCGCCCGCUUAUCCUGAAAUCAUUGGACCUGCUAUACCUGUUCUUGGGCCUGGGCCUCAAUUUCCGAGAUCCACGAGUAUGUCUAGUCAUACUAGCACCCCACCAGCCAUACCCCCAAUUCGGUCCAAGACUGACGGGAAAGCGCAUCCAGCACGUGGACACCGACAGUCGGCUCUUCCUACUGGGGCUCAAACUCUUGCGGUCAAUUCUGAAGAACUCACACUUAACGACUUGCCUCCUAUACCCCUAACGAAGAAGUUUGAUCCAAAGAAGCUAAGUAGUCGCGAUUUUAGAAAGUGCCCGACACCAUGGGCACUAAGCGCUAUCCAAGCAUGGCUGAAGGAGAUGACUGAAGGCGAACAGGAUCUUAAGCAGCCCGCGGUUGAGGAGGGUAUCGUGGCUUUAUUUACGCAUUACGUUCCUACUAUGAAUGUGGCGGAUGCGGAGGCGCUCGCGGUUAGAGUUGUCUCUGGAAUGAUAAAGGAGCGCGCUCUUGUCAUAGACGAGGAAUGGGUUAAGUUUGGAGAGGGUGGAGUGUCUGGUGUUAUUUUUCAGAUUACUGGCAGCGGAUGCUAUGCUCCAAGGUUACAUGAGAUUGAGUGCCCUGGGAGAUGUUAUGCUUACCAUUGCGCGAGGACGUUACGGAAGAUUACACUCUCGCAGCAUCCGGACGAACUCGACAAAAAGAAGGAGGACUGGGCUACUUUUUGGAAACUUAGGAAGGAGGAUAUCGUUGAUAUUAGUAAAAAGGAGAUUGAGCGACAGAAUAAUUUGCACGAAAUUGUGCAGACCGAAGAUGAGUACAUGGAGCACAUGAGGGUUUUGAAGGUGUUAUACCGGGAUCCUAUUGCGAACACCCAGCCACCAAUCAUUAAACCGACCAGACUUGAUGGUUUCGUCAAGGAUGUGUUUGGUAAGGCUGAUGCCGUAAGAAAGGUUUCUGAGGAGCAUUUGCUCCCCCAGCUGAAGUUCCGACAACGCGAGCAGGGCCCUUGGAUCGUUGGGUUCAGCGAUAUUUUCCGAGAAUGGAUCCGAAAGGCAAAGACCGCCUAUCUAGAAUACGCAGCGGCAUUCCCGAAGGCGGACAUGCUUGUUCGAAGAGAAGCUGAACGAAACCUCCUUUUUAGACAGUUCCUCGAACAGUGCCGACAAGAUCCCCGAUCUCGAAGAUUGGAUUGGGUUACUUUCUUGAAGGCGCCUAUCACUCGAUUGCAGAGAUACUCUCUACUGCUUUUCACGGUAUUGAAACACACCGUUAUCGAGGGUGAGGAGAAGGAGAUACUCCAGAAGGCUAUCGAAGAGAUCAAGGCGGUGACGCUAGAGUGCGAUGCGCGCGUCGAUGAAAUGAGCAAACGUGUGGCGCUUUGGGAGCUGGAUACGAGGUUGAUGAUGAGGCAAUGGGAUGUGGACCUUAGACUUGACGAGAAGGGCAGAGAAUUGGUCUUUCAAGGUGACUUGCAGAGGAAUGGGAAUAACAGAUUUACGUGGCUGGAAACUCAUGCAAUCUUGUUUGAUCAUUAUCUAAUCUUGGCAAAGACUACGAUGCAAAAGGACGCUCAUGGUGGAGCCAAACAUGGGAGGUACGAUGUUUCUAGAAUGGUAGGUGCCGUUGUUUGCUGGUAGAGGGGAAUAAUUAUGGCUAAUGGGUUAUAGCCAAUUCCUAUGGAUUUGCUCGUUUUGGAGAGCACCAAUGAUGAGCCAGUUGUCAGGAGCACAGCGAAUAGACUUGGUAUCGGGGGCCCUACAGCAGCAGCGAAGGAUAAGAAUGAGCAAAAGUCCGGCAGACACAAUACCGUGGGCGCAGUUCCCAGUCCUGGGGCACUCACACAUUCUAGUACUGGUUUGUCUACUACUUCUACGAAUACUGCACCCGGUAGGAUGGUCACCGCAUUGCCGGAUCGUAGCGCAGGCGACGAUCGAGUGAUGUAUCCUUUCCGCAUCAAGCAUCUUGGAAACCGCUCCAUCAAGGCCGAUGACAACACCUAUAUCCUAUAUGCCCCAUCUCAGCAGAAUCGGAUGGACUGGUGUGAGAAGAUCAUUCAAGCCAAGGAACGCCAUGCGCAGAGCCUUCAUGCACAGAAUGCCGAGCCUUUCCGAUUGAAGGUUAUGGCUGAUACUGCCUUUGGAUACGAAACUACUGCACAAUCGGGGCCUAGGCCAAUUAUUGUCCGUGGUACUCCUCUUGAUCGUGCCAUUGGUGAGGUUGAAAGGAUGUACGAGAAGGCGCCAGGACCGAGUCCAGGCGUUAUAUGCAGAGCAAGUGUCAAUUGCGCGACUGCUUUUACGGUCAACUAUGGUAAAGAGAUGGUGGCCAUUGGAACGGAUUAUGGCGUUUUCACCGCAGAUGCGAAGAACCCUCGAGGUUGGCAGCGAGUAGGUCGUCUCUUCUCUAUUAGUGGAUUAUUGUGCUAACAUGUAAUAGUCUAUCAACCUCCCCAAGGUGACUCAAAUUGCCGUCCUCGAAGACUUCAGUCUCUUCCUUGUGCUAUCGGACAAGUCUCUAAUAGCCUACCACUUGGACGUAGUGAUCCCCCCACCUGGCGCUUCCCCUGAUGCCGCCGUCAAGCAACGCCCACCACAGAAGCUCUCAGGUGGAAAAGAUGUCGGCUUCUUCGCGACUGGCCGGAUGAAAGAGCGCAGCUUAGUAUUCUAUAAGAAACGCGAAGGUCUCUCGUCAACAUUCAAAGUCCUCGAACCUGUGUUCCAAAAAGCGCCCGAGAAGAAGUCUCGCUUCUCACGGAAGGGCACUACUGGCUUCUUCCAGGAAUUCGACGAUUUCUAUAUCCCGACGGAUUGCUAUGGGAUUAACCUUUUUCACUCGUCGCUCGCUAUUCAGACUAGCAAGGGAUUUGAAGUCAUGACCUUGGACAAGAAGCAGCCUUGGUCUGUACCGGAGCUUAAAGCCUCGCAUGUUACUCUUAUCGCCAGUCGACUACAUGGACAGAAGCCCCUAGGCAUGUUCCGUCUUUCGGAUAUCGAAUUCUUGCUUUGUUAUGAAGGUAACCCCCCCUCCCUCUUCGUCACAUCACAGGGCUAACGGAACAGAAUGUGCUGUCUACGUCAACAAGCACGGUGACAUCUCACGCAGCGUAAUUAUGGAAUUCGUUGGCAAGGCCAAGUCUGUCGCCAUCUACGGCCCCUACAUCCUCAUCUUCGACAACGACUUUGUCGAGAUAAGGAACGCCGACAAUGGUCGCCUGCGCCAGGUCAUUGCCAGCAGGGACUGCCGGUGUAUUGACGAUGCUCAGUGCGGUGGCAGCGCCGGGACCAGGACUAUUAAAGUUGCCAUGGCACAUCCUGAAGUUGAGGGGAGGCAGUUAGUUGUUGAAUUGUUGGUUAAUGAGGGGCAGGAGGAUUAGCAAUAGUAGUGGGAGGAAGAGGAAAAGGAAGGGGUGUAUAUAUGUUCGAGGUGUUGGGAGGGUGGUUCAUUCCCGUUUCUCUUUCCUUGUUCUUUCUUGCCCUUUCCCCUUCUUGACACCUCGUCUCAUUCUGCUCUCUCUACACCAAGCUUUAUCUGACCAAGUCUCUCCAGACCUGUUUCUUGUGUUUGUGUGUGAAUGCGGGGCGUUUUUUAUUUUUCCAUUUUCCCCAUUUUCCAAUUUUGAUGUUACCACUUUUUUUUGUGUUGCGUUUACUGAUUGGUUGGUUGAUAUCCUGCAUUGAAUUGUUUAUGAUGAGUUUUUUUUUUCUUUCCGGGAAUGGUUGCUAUGAUUCGGUUAGGUUGGUAUUUUGUGUGGGGCUUUGUUCAGGGGGAAAUAAAACUGAUGUGUGUGAUUGGUU